UGUCUUUUCUGUGUGUGUGUGUGCGUGUGCAGAGUUUCCUUUACCGGCUUACAUAGUUAACCGGUUCCGCAUUCCGAUGGCCUGAUUUCAGAGAGCCAUCAUCCGCCUCAUGCACUGUCCUUCAACUCUCGGUCCUCCCCGAAGUAGCGCACUCGGGUACGAAACAAAGAAAAUACAUCAUUAACGAUAAUAAACACGUGAAUUUUCCUCUGUAGCUGGAUUUGACUCUGAUUUCAGGCUGACCUUAAAGGCAACACCGCACUUAAUAUACAGUACAGCUACUGUAAUUAGGUGUAUGUCAGGUGAUGCCUUCAAGGACAGUCCGAAGCAGCUCCGACCGACUCCGAAGGCACCACAAUGUAAGGUGAUGCCUUCAGGGAUUGUGAAAACCACUGCUUUCCCGUGCUCAUCAAUCUACAUACAAUACAUCUCGAGUUAUAUAGUAGCUUUGCCAAAGCGUUUUAACACAAAAAUAAAAUAACCAUACAAUAUGAAAUAUCACUUAAAAUAUUGUCAAUGAUACAAAUUAUGAUUGACUUUUCUAUAAUAAUACACAAACUAUGAUUGACUUUUAUCUUGGCCUGUAUCAUAAGUCGAUAUAAACAAUCCAACUAACAAGAUUGGUCCUACACAAAGAGUUUAGUGCGGCUGUUUUGCUAAGACUUUGCAUUGAAUCCCGAUGGAGGACAGCAGGCUGAGUUCAUAGCAAAACACUGCUCGCCCUCAGAUCGUUCCCUGAUGCUUUCAAGCGCCUCUCUUGUAUGCGUGUCGGCGUGCGUGCGCGUGCGUGCGUGUGUCCUCCGCCACUCCAAACACUGAGUCUCCCACAUCUGGAUAUCAGCUGCUGCUUGGCCCGCCCCCGUCUGUUUUAUGACAAAACGCAACAUCCCCACACCCAAAAAGACGAGACUCCCCAACGUCAGGAAUGCGAAAGCCGGCGCCAGAUUGCACACGCAGCCUCGGAGGGGCGAGAAAACUCCCAGAGUAAAUGUGGACUCUCGGAAUUCUGGAAUUCCGAUCUGGACGCGUGCGUGCCGUGUGCGUCUUGCAAGCAGUACCCCAAGACACCGUCGUGCAACACAUGCAAAUUGGUGGAGGAAACGUCAGACGUGUGGAAGCUGGCGGCCAUCAGUAGCUUUUCGGUGCUGGCCGUGAUCCUGGUGGGCGCCGCGCUCCUCAUCGGCGUCAUGGUGCAUCGCCGCAAGUCACACAAACUGCCUUUACGAGAACCAAUUGAAGAAACUGCAGGGCCACUUUAUCAAGCUUAAACCUUUCACAGCCUCAUCUUCCUCGGAAACACACUCAUGUGACGUACAGAAUCAAGCGGCGAGCGCUCCCCCCCGACCUGACCCGGUGACCUUCAGCCACGUAAUAGCAUGAAUGUAAGUAUGAAAAGGUCAAAGGUCAGGCGAGUGGGCGGGACACGCUGCUGGUGUCUGUUUGAAUGUAGCUAAUGUUUAGGUGAAGUGUUUUCUCGAGACAAUUGUGCACUGUUACUGUGGCUCCUGCCAACCAAACCUGACACAAUACUUAUUUUUUUAGUCUGUGACUUUUCUGUUUCCUUUCCAAAUACUCGUGGUUGCUUUUAAAAAACACUUAGUUCUAAACCAUGUACAGAAAUCCAACUCCGGACACUAUUAGGAAUGAUUCAGAAUUUAUUUUAGUGAGUGUAUGGUUAAAAUUUGAAGUCAUUUUUUGAGAAACGAGCACAAACUUUAUUAGAGAUUUUUUAUGUCUAAACUUCAUCCAUGCCAGCUUGUGAUUUUUAACUCCCUAAUGAUUUUAAUUCUCCCCCAGAAAUGUUGUGUACAUGCACUGGCUUCUUUUGACCUAAUGUGUCCUCUUAUUGCUCUUUUUGUGUACCAAAUGUAUUUUCACAAUAAAUCUUUGAACUUUG